AUGAGACUGGAAUGCCUUGCCCUUCUGGUUCUUACUGUGCUGCUGGAAGUUUUGCUCCUGUACCUUGUCCUAAGGGCACAUUUAGGGUUUUAUUGCAGUGGGGGAUCUCCAACCGCAGCUCCUGUAUCAGCCGUGUUUGGCAAUGUUUGCCCUCCAGGUCACUAUUGUGAGAUUGGGAGCGCUGUGCCAACCCCCUGUGCAGUGGGCAGCCAACGCUCUGAUACUGGAGGAAAGGGUGCAGAGGACUGCAUGCCUUGCCCUGGAGGGCAGUUCCAGGAUCAGCGAGGGCAAAGGGAUUGUAAACCCUGUCCUCCCGGAUUCCACUGCAUCAGCUUCACACAGGACCUCACUGGGGUCAGCACACCUCUCAUCUGUCCUAAAGGCUUUUUCUGCCCCAAUGAAACUCAACCUGGAAACCCAGUUCCUUGUCCUAAAGGAACAUACAGUGAUUCUGUAGGCCUUCUGUCAGCAGAGCAGUGCUUAGUGUGUCCUGUGGGCUAUUUCUGCGCCUCGGAUGGACUCUCUAAACCUUCUGGACCCUGUGCUUCUGGAUUUCUCUGUUUUAUUCAGGCCACAGUUCCCAACCCCAUUGACAACAGCACUGGCACAUUGUGUCCACCAGGGGCACACUGCCUUCUAGGACUAAGAGCAGGUGAAUGCUCAGCAGGCUAUUACUGUGACUGGGGCUCCAGCAGCCCAGAGCAGAGUCUCUGUCCUGCUGGCUUCUAUUGCCCCACAGGCACCCCAAAGCCUCUGGCCUGCACUUCAGGCACUUUCAGCUCAAUCAUGGGAAACAGCCAGAGAGAAAACUGUGAGCCGUGUCCAGUAGGCUUCUACUGUCAGGGGGAAGGAGUGGCAGAGCCCCUUCUUUGUCCACCAGGGCAUUUCUGCCCCUCAGGUACAUCACAGGGCACUCAGUUCCCAUGCCCUCCGGGAACAUUGCAGCCUCUUUCUGGUGCAGUCAGUACUGAACAAUGUGUGCCAUGUCCUUCGGGCAAGUUCUGUGCUCAUCAUGGUCUCACAGAGCCUACAGGGAGUUGCCAGGAUGGGUAUCAUUGUCCCUCAGGCUCCUCCAGUCCCAAUGGUACUGGAAAUGAGAAUAAAUCUACUGGCAACAACAUGUGCCCAGCUGGUCAUUAUUGUCCAACUGGUAUCGGCUCGCCUCUGCCGUGCCCUGCGGGAACCUUCUCUAGCUCCCCGGGGUUAAGUGGGGCUGAGCAGUGCGAACAGUGUCCUCCUGGGUUAUUCUGUGAGGAGCCUGCAAUGGUCCAUCCCUCAGAAGCAGCUCUGUGUGAUGCUGGCCGUAGUGCUCGACCGGUCGAUGGACUACAAGGUUACAUCUGCCCCAGCGGACAUAGCUGUCCUAUUGGUGCUCCACUAGAGGUGCCAUGUGAGCCUGGCACGUACAGCAAUGCACCUGGGGCAUCCCACUGUCUCUUAUGCCCAGCUGGCACAAUGUGUCCUUUUCCUGGCACACAGGAGCCUUUACCGUGUCCUAUGGGUCAUUAUUGUCCUAGUGGCACUGCUAUGGCUGUGCCCUGCCCGGUUGGCACAUUGGGUCAGAUUACCAGGGCUCAGUCUGAUGCUGCGUGUGUGUCCUGCCCUACCGGCCUCUACUGCGGUUUACCUGGUUCAUCACAACCACAAGGUCAAUGCCAGCAGGGUUAUUUCUGCCAAGGAGGGUCUGCAUAUCCUGCUCCUUUGAAGAUGUCUGGAUAUCUCAGAAAUGGCCCAUGCCCACACGGUCACUUUUGCCCUUCUGGUACCCUGAUGCCACUGCCUUGCCCAGUGGGCACCAUUCGUAACCUCACUGGCUUCUACUGCCCUUUAGACUUCUCCUCCACCACCCCCCACGCCUUCCUCUGCCCCAAGGGUCAUUACUGUCCCUUGGGCUCUCCUCUGGCUCUGCCCUGCCCCACGGGACAAUACCAGCCUAAUCCAGGCUCUGACACCUGCAUCCCCUGUCGUCCAGGCUACUACUGUGAGGAGGCAAUUAUCGGAGACCCGCGGCCUUGCCCGCCACACUCCUACUGCCCUGCAGCCACUAUGGUUCCACAGCCCUGUCCCAAUGGCACAUACACUCCUUCUGAGGCAGGGGGUCUGCAGGAGGAGAGAGAGUGCUUGCCCUGCCCACCAGGAAAAUUCUGCAGGGCUGGCAAGGUCAAAGGUCAGUGCGCUGCUGGUUAUAUAUGCUUCUCUGGCAGUUCAGAGUUCACCCCGCAGUGUAACGUUCAGCUCAACAGAGAUCAUUGUGAGUGGGGUGUGCAAUGUGCUGGACCCUGUCCUGCUGGAUUUUAUUGCCCAGAGGGAACAGAAGAGACUUUAACUUGUCCUGCUAACACUAUAAGACAAACCCCUGGAGGAAGUGAUGUACAUGACUGUCUAGUCUGUCCUCCAGCGCACUGGUGCAAAGAAGGUGACCCGGUCCUACACAUGUGUCCACCAGGCUAUUUUUGUGACGGCAUAGCUGAUUAUGAGUCUGAGGGGAGGCCGGGGCCCAGAGAAUGUCCUCUGUUCACCCACAGACCCACACCUGGGGCAGGAAGCAAAGGAGACUGUCUCAUCUGCCCUCCUGGCACCUUCUGUAAUUCCACAGGACUCAUCGACUUCUCAAGCUUUCUCUGCCCUCCAGGUCAUUGGUGUAGCGGGACAGGUUUCCCAGUGCUUUGCCCUGCAGGCACCUUUAGGGCACAGCCGGGGGCUGCUUCUGCUAGCCAGUGUGAGCUUUGUCCUCCUGGAACCUACUGCCCAGACCCUCGCACCACAAGCCAGGCUAAUACAGCAGGCAUCCCUUGCCGAGCUUCUUACGAAUGCCCCACAGGUUCAGUGAUGGAGAUCCCCUGCCGAGCUGGUUCAUACUGCGGAGCUCAGACAGGUGUGCCCACGCCAUGCCCUGCAGGUUACUUUUGUCCUGAAAGAUCUCACACCUACAGCUCACCACAGCAAGUGUGUAGCUUUCCAUAUUACUGCCCAGCCAACAGCUCUGUUAUGCUGUACUGUGCUGACGGCUGGAUGCCGUCGAACACCGGAGGGUUGAGGACGUCUCAGGAGAGCAGCUGUGUGAUGUGUGUGGCCGGCACUUACCGGCCCAGUCUGUCUUCUCAUCUUAACUGUCUCCUGUGCCCGCCAGGAUAUCACUGCCCACCAGGCUCACACCAUUUUAGUGGUCAGCACUGUCCAGUGGGGUACGUUUGCCCGCAAGGCACAUCAGAACCUAUUCCGUGCCCUCCUGGAUCAUAUGGAAACCGUUCUGGUGCCGAAUCACAGGAGGAUUGUCACAAAUGUCCACAGAGAACCUUCAAUCACCUUCAUGCCCAAAGAGCAUGUUUCCCUUGUGGGAGCUCGUCCACUUCGGCUGCUGGAGCAUCCUCUUGCACAUGCAUAGGCAAGAACCGGGCGUUUCAGCACUCGGAUGGCUCGUGCUUGUGUAAAACAGGGUUUGUCUUCUAUAAUGAACUGGACUUCAAAAGCUCCACUGCUGACAGUGAGUUUGACUGUCAGCCUGAGGCCAAGAAGCGCUGUUGGGCGGGGCAGGUGAGACUGGCAUCUACGCUGGAGUGUGUUGUACCAUCUACCUACUCUUGUAACGUGACGUGCGGACCCCAUGGUGGGAGUCUGGAUGUUGGGAUGGGCAUCUGUAACUGUGAGAGGUAUGUGUCCGUUGAGGAGCUGUGUAACUCUUCAUGUCUGUCCACACUGCCCGUGAUGUCUGCCAGGCUGCUCAAUGAUGGACAGCUACUACUGAGAAUCAAAGGCUCAGAUGAAAGCAGGACCUGGAGCAGGAAAAUGGUAAAUGUACUAGGACCUGAUGUCCACGUCAAGAACAUUGGCAAGAUCCACUUUGUUCAGUUUGCGCCUGAUGGAGUGUUUGGAUGGAUUUUGAAAGACAUUCUUCUCAUUGAUUCUUUACUGACAGAACGUGUCGAAAUUCUGGAGAAAGAUUUAAGGAGAAAAAGAGAUGCUGAUCAAAAUGAGAUUUUUAGGCAUAAUCCACGCAUUCCAAAUCCUAUAGCCUGUCUGUCCCCGAAAGACAUGCUCAUCUUUCAGCUCACUAUCAACCACACAGGCCGCCAGCUCAGCCACUUCCCAGUGUACCAGAAAGAUCAUCUGUUCAGCAGCAACCCUGGCUGGGACUUUGGUGCUUUCAGACGUCUACAGCAUCUCAUCAAACACACACAGCUGAAUUCCACCAGAUUUGCACACGUGUUCAUGGAACCGGGCAAGUAUGUGUUUGUGGAUAACGCAGUGUCCGACUGGAGUCUGAUAGUUGUGGUGAGCGAGCGGGGCUCAGAGUGCAGCCCCUCCAAAGCUGCUUUCCAGCCCGCGACCCCUGCGCAACUAGUGCGACACGGCAUCAUAAAACAACAGAGUUUAAAUCUGCUUCCAGACUGGGGGAUCAUCACGGGGUGUUUAUCUCUGCUGGUGUUGCUGAUUGUAGUGUUGACAACUUCUGCCCUUGUCUUGAGACCUAAUCGAGCAAACCUCAUAGCUCAGGGGAGGCGAAACCCAAAUGGCGGAGUUUGGGUGAACCAAAGGUUCCUUUAGAAUAUGUUUAUAAUACAGGCUGUAUGGACGGCUGUGAGCCUUCGGGUCUCAGAGGGAUAGGAGUGGGAGCUGAAUCAGAGGAACCUGCUGUGUGCA